AUUUGUUUCGUUAUUAAAAAACACAUAUGUAAAAUAUCUGGCAUGCAAUUGCUACUCAACUCGUUGUUUUGUUGCUGCGGUGUUGUAGGGAACAUGUCUGUUUUAAAUAAUGUUUCGAUGUCUUUAAAUCGAAGGAUUUUAAUUCAAAAACUUGGAAAAUGUUUCUGUACUCGGUCAGCAGCUAGCGUUAUAAAAAAAGAAGACUCUAAAGAAGCUAAAAAAUCAUUUUCUCAGUUAGCAGAAUAUAGAUAUGUUUAUCCUGAAUUUUUGCCUGAUCCAAAAUUUGAACACCGGCAUAAGAUAAGAGAGAAACUUGAAAGACAAGAUAUGUUGAAAAGGAGAAGAGUUAUAGAUAUCCCUGAAUUUUAUGUUGGUUCUGUCCUUGCUGUAACUGCAUCUGAUCCAUAUGCCCCAGGAAAAGAAACUAAAUUUGUUGGAAUCUGUAUUUCUAGAACAUACAGUGGUUUAAGAGCUACUUUUAUCUUAAGAAAUGUAGUUGAUAAGCAAGGUGUGGAAAUUAUGUAUGAUUUAUAUAAUCCUCGCAUAUUAUCUAUUGAAGUUUUAAAAUUAGAAAAAAGGUUGGAUGAUGAGUUGUAUUACUUACGUGAUGCUGCACCAGAAUAUAGCACAUUUCCUUUUGACAUGGAACCAGAAUUUAGAGUUGAAGGUGAACCUGUUCCAGUCAAUCCUUUAAAGGUGAAAUUGAAGCCCCCACCAUGGUGUAAAAAAUGGGAACAAAAAAAUUUAAAAGGUGUAGAAGAUUUUGAAGUUGAUGCAGUGAAACGUAGGCGUGCUAAAAAGACUUUCACACCUUGGGAAAAGUAUGAUCUCAUGAAAGAAUAUCGACGUUGUAUUCCUGAAGAAGAUCAAAUAGAUGUAUGGGAAGAUGUUGAAGCUCACAGACAAAAAUAUCCAGUUAAACGUCAUUUAUGGAAAAGAACAUUACAAAAAGCUGCUCCAAAAACUACACGAAACUCUUAAUUUGUAUUUUUAGUUCAUUAUUGUAACACCAGCUCAAACUUAUUUUGAAUGCUAUGAAUGUGUAAUUUUCCCCUUCAGAAUAAUUGCAUUGCUAUGUAAAUUGUACUAGAAAAUA